UUGCCGGCAUUUAAACAGUCGGAAAGAAGCACACGCAGAGAAGGAUUGUGUGGAAGGAGUGGCAAGAAAGAGCGUGAAGACGAAGAAAAGAAGAGAAUGGCUACGAGAUUGUUAAUACUACUCUUCUCCCUCGUGGCUGUGGCGCUGGGAGACGAUGUCCUGCAGUUGAACGACGCGGAUUUCGACGGGAAAGUGGCCAGCUAUGACACGGUCCUCGUCAUGUUUUACGCCCCGUGGUGUGGACACUGCAAGAGAUUAAAACCAGAGUUCGAGAAGGCAUCUACUACCUUGAAGGCCAACGACCCUCCAGUCUACCUUGCUAAGGUGGAUUGUACUGAUGAUGGAAAGGACAGCUGUAGCAGAUUUGGUGUUUCGGGCUAUCCUACACUGAAGAUCUUUAAGGGAGGAGAGCUCUCUACAGACUACAAUGGUCCACGAGAUGCCAGUGGUAUUGUAAAGUACAUGAGGUCACAGGUUGGACCGGCCUCAAAGGAAUUGACCUCCGUGGAAGCAGCAGAAGCAUUCCUUGGUGCUGCUGAAGUUGGAGUUGUUUACUUUGGUGGAGAUUCCAAACUUAAAGAUGCUUUCCUGAAGGCUGCCGAUAAGCUGAGGGAAUCCAUUCGUUUUGCACACUCGCUCGAUGCCACUGUUAAUGAAAAGUAUGGAUUCAGUGACGUGGUUGUGCUCUUCCGACCAAAACACCUUGAGAACAAAUUUGAGCCAUCCUCUGUUGUGUUUGAGGGAUCAGCUGACAGGGCUGAGAUUGAGUCUUUCAUCAAAAAGAACUUCCAUGGUUUAGUAGGACACCUAACUCAAGACACUGCUCAGGAUUUCAAGCCACCAGUUGUGAUUGCUUAUUACAAUGUUGAUUAUGUCAAAAAUAUUAAGGGUACAAAUUACUGGCGCAACCGUGUCCUCAAGGUAGGACAAAACUUUGCUGACGACUUCAAGUUCGCUGUUGCCAAUAAGGAUGACUUCCAGCAUGACCUCAAUGAAUAUGGCCUUGAUUAUGUUCCUGGUGACAAGCCAGUAAUUUGUGCGCGUAAUGCUAAAGGCCAAAAGUUUGUUAUGCAGGAAGAAUUUUCAAUGGAUAACCUCCAAGUAUUCCUCACAAAGCUGAAGGCAGAUGAGCUUGAGCCAUAUCUGAAGUCUGAGGCAGUGCCAACUCAGGAUGGCCCAGUCACUGUUGCUGUUGGCAAGAACUUCCAUGAAGUGGUCUCUGAUGAGCGUGAUGCCCUCAUCGAAUUCUAUGCUCCUUGGUGUGGUCACUGCAAGAAAUUGGCACCCACCUACGAUGAACUGGGAGAGGCGAUGAAGGAUGAAGAUGUAGACAUUGUAAAGAUGGAUGCCACUGCCAAUGAUGUUCCUCCUCAGUACAAUGUUCAAGGUUUCCCCACCAUCUUCUGGAAACCCAAGGGUGGCGUGCCAAGGAAUUACAAUGGUGGCCGAGAAUUGGACGAUUUUGUCAAGUACAUUGCCCAACAUUCCACAAACGAACUGAAUGGGUAUGACCGCAAGGGUAAGGCAAAGAAAGCCAAGAAGACCGAACUCUGAGAUCUAAUGAGAAAUUUUUACAAGGAGGGUGUGUUGACACCACAGUGUGUUGUGUAACGAGUGCUGCAGAUAUGUUAGUCAUGUAUGAUUAUUCCAUGCAUUAUAAUUUUUCCCUCUAUGUAGCAAUCAAAGGAUGUCUUUUUGAUGUACUAUCUGUAUUGUUGUAUGCAAUUAAACAUACGUAAAUUUGUUUCCUCUCAAAGAGGCUUUGUCAGGUGAAACUUGCUGACAGUAUUAAGAUUGGAUUAUAUCGAAAGGAAUUACCGGUGAAGCUUGUCCUGUGCCUCUGUUUGUGUGAAAGCUGAGAUUACGAAUGUGUUAAGUUUUGUGCAAUAGUUUUUGGAUUUCUUUUCUGUAAUAAAAAAUGACGCAAUGCAGUGAACUUUUGAAAGACUAAAAUUGAUAUAACAAAUCAUUCCGGCCCUUGUCUGAAAUACAAGAGCACAAGUUUAUCCAGUGUAAUGCAUUCAGUUAACUUAAUAAAUUUUAUAAUAUAUUUAUUAACUUUUUUUUGAACCUUGGAAAAACUUGUGGUGGCCUGCAUGGUUAUUGCACAAAUUUGAUUGCUGUAAUGAAUAUUUAGGAAAUUAUUUCUGCUAAACUGAUUGAAUCUUGUGUGAUUGUACUGUUAAAAUUUUCA